UUUACAUCAGGGGAAGUAACUGCGUCAUGCAUGCGGAAGCAAAGGAGAAAUUUUAACUUGUGUGCCUUUACAUUUGAGCUCUAUGUAUUGUUUGGCUUAUUACUAUGGGGGAUUGGCUUAUAAAUGAAGGACCUAGGUGGUUGAUCUUGGGAGUAUGGAUAAUCAUCAACAUUGGACUGUUUGCUGGAACAUUUGUUCAGUACAAGCACAAUGACUCUUUCUUCUACUUACGGUUGUUAGUGGGGGAUGCUCUCUGUUGGGCGAGGGCCAGUGCAGCUUGCCUCAAUCUCAACUGUAUGCUGCUGUUGUUGCCUGUAUGUCGCAAUCUUCUCUCCUUUAUCCGGGGAGCAUGUGCAAGGUGUUCUCAUACUGCCAGCCGACAGUUGGACAAGAAUUUAACAUUCCACAGAUAUAUUGCCUACAUGAUCUGUUUACAUACAGCUAUACAUAUUGUGGCUCACUGCUUCGACUUUGAGCGGCUUCUGGCAGCAUAUCAUGGUUCGAAGUCAGCUCAGGCAAUCAGCAACCUUCCAACCACACCGAAUGUCAACCCAAUCAGAGACACCAACACUGAUACAACCCGUGAACUGUUCAAGACGGUUGCUGGUAUUUCUGGUGUUGUGGCCACUCUGGCUUUAAUACUGAUAGUGUCAUCUUCAACAGAUAUCAUCAGGCGGUCAUAUUUUGAAGUCUUCUGGUUCACCCACCAGCUGUUUGUUUUAUUUUAUUUAGCUAUUAUUGUCCAUGGAGUGCAAGGUAUUAUCCGGCAUCAAAUUAACACCUUGCAACACAAUCCUGAGAAGUGUUAUUUAAACUAUGACAAAUGGGGUUCUGAUGCUAGUUGUCCAAUUCCACAAUUUGCUGGGCAAAGUGCAAAGACCUGGCAGUGGAUUUUGGCUCCUUUUGUUCUGUAUAUUAUAGAGCGUGGACUUCGAUUUUUUCAUAGUAUGCAAAAAGUCGUCAUAACAAAGGUGGUAAAACAUCCAUCCAAUGUGUUUGAGCUGCAGCUGAAGAAGAGUGGCUUCAGUGCAGAGCCUGGCCAGUACGUGUUUCUGCAGUGUCCCAGCAUAUCGCAGCUCGAGUGGCAUCCCUUUACACUGACGUCUUCUCCAGAUGAGGAUUACUUUUCCGUUCAUGUUCGUCAAGUUGGAGAUUGGACAAAAGCUCUUGGAAAGGCAUGUCAUGUUGAUGAGGGAGAAUUUCAACAAGCAUGGAAAAUGCCAAAAAUAGCAGUCGAUGGUCCAUUUGGAACAGCAACAGAAGACUUCUUACAUUAUGAAGUGUCGGUGCUGGUGGCUGGGGGAAUUGGAGUGACGCCAUUUGCUUCUGCACUGAAACAUAUUUGGUACAAGUACCAGGAUGUUAACUCUGAAUUUGUUUUGAAGAAAGUUUACUUGUACUGGAUAUGUGCAGACAUGCAUGCCUUUGAAUGGUUUCAGGAUCUUCUUAUGUCCAUGGAAACCCAGAUGCAACAGAAAGGCAUUAAAAACCUGUUUUUCUAUAAUAUCUACCUUACAAGAGGCUGGGAUCCGAAUCACGCAAAAAAUAUAAUGAUGCAUGAUGAAGCUGACAAAGUCGAUCCUGUGACAGGUCUACAACAGAAGACUCACUACGGUCGUCCUCAGUGGGAUGUCAUAUUUCCGUCGUUAGUUCAGCACAAUCCGGGAGUGAAGAUUGGUCUUUUUUUCUGUGGACCUAAAGGACUUUCAACAGAGCUUCACAAACUAUGCAACAGAUAUUCACAAUCUGAAUCUACUGGAACGAAAUUUGUCUAUAAUAAGGAGAAUUUUUAGUUUGAUUCAGUUAAAUUCACUACAUGUAUUUUUACAUUUUGCAACAAACAUUUUUAAAAGAGCUGUUUAUUUUUCCUAUUUACACAUUGUUGUUAUAAUUUGUAUGUUGUAUUAUUAUAUGUAUUUAUAUAUCUGAGAAUUAUAUAUUUAUACUGAACACUUUUUUAAAAUGUUGGAUAUUUAUGGCAUUCCCAAAUUUAUUGGUUGUGCAACAGAUAUUCGUUAACAAGUUGGUUGAGUAAUGCAACACAUUUAAAAAAAAUAAGGAAUACAAAUGUUUUUAAUGGUUUUGAAAACAUUCAGUUUACAUAUGAUACAUUCCAAAAGCUAAAAAUAAUAAAUUAGUUGUUUUGUUUGUUUGUUUCUAGUUUAAAGUGGCAAAUACCCUCUAUGAAUGUUUUAAUACACACUGGGAAAGAAAGUAAAUUUUUUAAACUAGAACAUAAAAAUGACAAUUUUAAGUGAUAUAACAGUAUAUUUUGUAGUCAUUACCAGUCAGUUUCCAGACAUAUAACCCUGGUAUAUAUUGAAUCUCAAAUUGAAAAAAAUAUCUUGAAAAAAGGUCAUUAAUAUUUAAUUGUUUGUUGAACAUGAUUAUCUGGAUAGAAUAGUGGAGUAAAUAUACAGAACUUCACACAUACAGAACUUCAACUUUUAAUAGGAAGCAAAAACAAUGUAGGCCUAUGUGAAGUUCUGUAUUUAUUAAAUAUCUUCUUUUAUGUUUUUUUUACAAAAACUUUUUUUAAUGUAAUGUCAUAACUACACUUUCAUAAAUGUAUUAAUCAAUUCUCGUUUCAUGGAUUUAUUUAACAUUAAGAAUCAUACACUGCAGCAAUAUUGUGUAAUGUUUCAAACAAGAUGUGACGUAAUUUGUAAAUCAUACAUGACAUCGGUAAUAAAAAGGCACUAAUACAGUAAAAAUAAAAAGGGAAUUCCCCAUUUACAAGUUCCGGUCUAGGGCCCUGUUCCAUGAAGCAAAUCUUAGCACUAAGAUCGUCUUAGGUGAUCAACUAUAUUAUGUACUUAAGGUGAUCUUAACACUAAGAUUGCUUCAUGGAACAAGGCCCUGAUCACACGUGUGAUACAAGAUAAAUUUAUCACACGGUUUAAAAAUGUUUUUAUCACUAUAUUAAGAUUGAAUAGGCAUGUAAUAAAUUGAGGACAAAGCUUUAUAUGUUGAAUAUACCGGUAGUCCAUUUUAUAUAAAGUUUAUAUUUAUUAGUCUCUUUAAAAUGUCAUCUACAAAAUGAAUCUCGGUUCAUGCUGUUUUCUAGUGUUUUGCUUGUAGACAUUUUAAAAUUGACAUGAGAAAUGUUUUUGUAAUGUGUUAAUAUAAAUGUCUUGCUGUUUCCUGGUACUGAGAUGUAGCUCAGCAGGUAGAGAUGCUUGGGUCAUAAGAUCAAAUUCCCUCAGUGAACCCAUUCUCCAAUUGGGUUUUCUCCAAAGGUCAUGGUAUGUGCUGUCCUGUUUCAGGGAAAGUGCAUAUAAAAGAUCCCUUGAUGCUAAUAUGUGAUAAUUAUCAAAUGUUUUCAAUCUACAGCCGAUGAUUAAUAAAUUAUUGUGCUCUAGUUGUUUUAGUAAACAAAACAAACUUUAACUUUGUACUUUAGAUUUUUUUUUUGAACAUUUAUAACUGUAGGAUAUUUAUGAUAGUUAAUAAAUCCCAUAUGUGGCAAUCAUGUGUUAAAAUACAUAAUUAAUGUACUUGUAUACAUAUGCAAUUUUAUUACCCACAUGAUUGACAAUAAACUGUUAUAUACAUGUAAAUAUUGUAUUUUCCUACACACCUUUAUGGCACACUAGUCUUUUUAUUUAUAGCAGCUAUAAAUUAGCGGCAGUUGCAGUUUAUGAAAUUAACAUCAUCGAUGUAUCAACAGUAUUAUAACUUGCAUUGUACAUAAAAUGUAAUUAAUAAAUGGUAUCUGGAUUAUGUUGUUUUAUUCAUAUAAAUGGGAACUAUUUAUGUAUGUAAUUCAGCAUCUUUGUAACUGACCUUGUUCAAUAUUAUUAACAUUGGUUGUCAUACUUUACGUUUGAUAUAAAUUGCAGUUUGUGAUAAAUAAAUUAUUAUAUUUACUUAAGUGUAACACAAAGUUUAUGGAAUUGUAUUAUACCCUUGCUUUCGCUUGGAAUGAAUGAAUGUUUAACAACUCCUCAGCACACAUUGGCUGUUGGGUGUCAAAGGCAAGUAUAAGACUGAAGUGAUAACCAAAUUCUGUAUUAAAUAUAAAUAUCACAAGAAAGUAAUUUAAAAUUUGUAGUAAAAUUCUGAAUUUGUCAAACAUUUUAGUACUAGUUCAGGGUGGUAUCGAAAUGAUUCCAUCACAUUGUUGCUACCAAAUAUAUAAUUUUUUAUUUGCUUAAGAUGAUUUCACUCCACCACAAUAGGCAGUAUUUAACUCAGUCGGUUGAGUGCUCGCUUGAGGUGCUUGCAUCACAGGAUCGAAUCACCUCUGUGGAUCCAUUCAACUGAUUGGUUUUUUUCUGGUUCCAACUAGUGCUACACAACUGGUCAGAGGCUGUGGCAUGUGCUUUCCUGUUUGUGGAAAAGUGGCAUGUGCUUUCCUGUUUGUGGAAAAGUGCAUAUAAAAAGAUCCCUAGCUACUAAUGGAAAAAUAUGGCUUUCCUUUGAUGAUCCUUCAGAAUUACCGUAUGUGUGACAUGCAAUAGCCUAUGAUUAAUUAAUUGAUGUGCUCUAGUGGUGUCAUUAAACAAAACAAACUUGAACUUUUCCACAACAGUGUGGCUCAUAGUGAGGUGGAGGAUGCAUCAUAAUAAAGGCAUGAUUUAAAUGAGCAUGGCCGACAGGUGGUCUUGCCAAUCCCAGGACAGGCUUCACAGAAAGAAGCUUGUUCUUUCACUCUUGCAUGCGAAAUAAUCCACAAACUUGUUUCAUAAACUGCAUGGCAACUCCACAACUCCUGCAAAAAUAUAUUAUUGUGUCAGUUUAUGUUCUCCUUGUGUUUAAUAUGUUGGGUCAUGUUAUAUUACUGUAAUCUAAUUACAGUUUCUUUGAUAUUAUAUUUACUUACACACCUUAAAGUACUAUUAUUUUACCAUUUAGCAUACUAGCAGUAUGUCAUGGUUGUAGGAACUGGGAGGGAGGGUGGGGGUUUCAAAACAUUCUUACAUUUUACUAAAAUUUUAACGUGUGCUCACCCCACUUCCAUUUCACAUAUUGUUCCCAUUUCACAUAUUGUUCCUACAGCCCUCCGUGUUACAAGAAAAUAAAGAUGAUAUAAAUAUUA